GAUAGCCCGAAUUUUCAACAUCUAUCUCACCGUCCAACUACAUAAGAAAGAGUGGUGACAGGAAAAUCUCUACGCCAUUGUAAUUGGAGAUCUGCUUUACCGCCUCGAAGGACAGCGCGAAAGAGCUAGGAAAAUAUAACAUCAUGACUUCUUCAUCGGAUUACUCCGAUAUCAAGUUCGAGAUCAAGGGCAAGAUUGGUAUUAUCAAGUUCAACCGACCUAAGGCUCUCAACUCUUUUGGUGGAAACCUCAUUCCGGACAUCAUCGCCGGAUUACGUGUUCUAAAUGAGCACCCAGACACCAUCUUCACCGUGCUAACAGGCGAAGGACGCUUCUUCUCUGCCGGCGCUGACGUCAAGGGGAUCGCCGGGGGAGGCAGUGAAGCCUUCAAGAACGAUGCGGAGAAGAAGCUGAGUUACAUGACAAGGUUCAGCUAUGCGACGGAGCUUCUACGUUCGAUGAUUGACCACCGCAAAGUCCUUAUCCUCGCGCUCAACGGCCCCGCCGUCGGCGGCGGCGCAGCCUGGUUCCCCGGAAUCGCCGACAUAGUCCUCGCCUCCUCAACCGCCUGGCUACAAUGCCCCUUCUCCGCCCUCGGUCUCGUCCCAGAAAACGGCUCCGCCCUCUCCUUCGCGCAAUCCAUCGGCAUCCACCGCGCAAACGACUUCCUCAUGUUUGGCCGCAAACUCUCCGCGCAAGAGCUGCUCGAUGCCGGCAUGUACAAUUACGUAUGGGAUGCUACUGGCGAGGAGUUCCAUGGUAAAGUCGUAGCGUUCUUGGAGGAACAGCUCAAGGUAAAUGAUGGCAAGAGUAUGAUUGAGAUGAAGAGGUUGCAGAAUGCCCCGAUUAGGGAUGCGAGAUUGGUGGCUGUGGUUAAUGCCGUGGAUGCGUUGGCAGAGCGCUUUGUCGAGGGGGCGCCCAUGGAGAGAUUUGAGGUCAAGAGGAGAGAGAUGGAGGAGAAGAGUAAGGCGAGAUCGAAGAUCUGAUGGGGGACGUGUUUACAUGGGGAACUUGUAUUGCGUUUUGGCUGGAUUCCAUCAUAUCAUGACCUUUCAGGGUUUAGUGAUGCUCAUUAUCGUCUGAUAAUUGUAUAUUAGAAACCUGCUAUACGCGAUUCGCACGCGAUGUGAGAAGCUAAACGUUGUACAGACGAUAGAUCCAGUACUAUCGCCAUUGUCGAUAUUCGAUCUUAAUCCUCUCGUCUGAUAGGUCUUGGUGAGAAGUUGUCAAACACCUUGUGCAAGCCCUUUACAUUC